AUGAGCAAAUCAAUGGAUCCUUCUCAAUCAAUUACCUACCCUAAGUGGUUUGGUGGUUCUGCAUCAUGUAUGGCGGUCCUCGUUUCUCAUCCUUUGGAUCUGCUUAAGGUCAGAAUGCAAAUGGAUUCUAGUGGCGCAAAAACAGGAACACUCACUACCUGCAUUCGAAUUGUUCGAGGAGAGGGCAUAAUCGCGCUAUAUAACGGGCUUUCAGCAGGGCUUGUCAAUGCCCAAUUUUUGAUUCCUACUUACCAAUUCUACAGUAACAUAUGGCUCUGUCCGGAUUGGUCUCUACGAGACAUUGAAAGAACAAGCCAAGGCCAACAACAUCCCCAACUCCCCCCAGUUCUGGGUCUCUUAGCAGGUAUCUCUGGGUUUGUGGGUGCAAUCUUCGGCAACUCCUCGGAUAUUGGCAAUAUCCGCAUGCAAAAUGACGGCUCAUUGCCUCCUCAUCUUCGUCGCAACUACCGACACAUCUUCGAUGCGUGGAGCCAAAUCAAGCACCAAGAGGGAUGGAAGGCCUUUGGGCAAGGGUUGUGGCCUAAUGCUUUCCGUUGCGGUAUGAUGACUAGCUGUCAGCUUGCAUCAUAUGACAGUUUCAGAGAUCUACUAGUAGCCACCACCGGGGUUCGUGAUGAUCAUCCCGGUUUGCAUCUGUCCGCCUCGUUCCUGGCGGCAUUGGUUGCCACAACACUGUGCAGCCCAAUUGAUGUUAUCAAAACCCAGUUGAUGGGUUCUUCAAACAAGCAAGGCCUCUUACAGGUGAUCAAGGACCUUACUAGCGCCCAGGGAUUGGGAUGGGUCUUUCGGGGUUGGACACCGGGCUUCGUUCGCCUGGGCCCACAAACUAUGGCCACAUUGCUCCUUUUGGAACAACACAAGCGGAUAUAUAGGGAGUUUAAGGAAGGCAGAGGGAUGCAGAAGGUUAUUUUGUAA